CUACUUCCUGUUCAUACCUGCUCCGACUGACCGACGUGGAGAUGUAGGGCUGCAUGGCCAGCGCCUUUUGAGAAGCAGCCUCCUUCCAAAAAGCUCCUGCCCCCCCUCUGCGCCCUGGUGCGCGCCGCAGAUCCGGGGAGCAGCGGUACCCGUACCUUUUGGUUUCCCCAGGUCACGUCUCGGUCAGCGCGGGCGGACGGCCCCGAGCGGUGCUCUUCGCGGAGAGACGGCUCUCGGCAGCGGCCGCGGGCGUCCGGGCACAUGGCGCUCAGCGCGGACGAUGAGGCCUUCCUGGACGAGCUGCUCGACACGCUCCAGGGCAAGGACGCGCUGUCGCUGGAGCUGGGGCUGCAGGAGCACGACGCCGACCCGGAGCUCUGCCGCCCCCCGGCGUGCGGCGGCGCCGACAGCAGCCGGGGCCUCGCCACCGUCAGCACGCGCUCCGGCAGCGUGGCGCAGGCCGAGGACGCCGAGGCGCAGCAUCUGCUGAGGCAGCUCGGCGCGCCCAGCUCGACGAGGAGCCCCCGCAUGGACCCCCUCGGAGAGUUGUUGGGCUGCUCGGACAGCGAGCCUUGGAACGACCUGCUGCACAGGUUCUGCAUCCAGGGCGACGAGAGCAUCGUGGAGGUGCUCCUCGACCACCUCGUGCAGUCGGGCCGCGACGCGGGCGCGCUGAUCGAGGCGCUGGCCAGCGCGGACCUCGCUGGGUUAGAGGGCGUGGUGGCGGAGGUGACCGCGGGCUCGGCGGCC